CGUUAAUCACAGACGGAAGGUUGCAGGACUUCACAAUACUUGUCUUUAACCUUACAUGCAGCAGAACUGUUCUUAGCUCUGGUUGCAGUUACAGAAAGAGUACUGCAACAUGUCGCUGGCGGCGGAGGCUUUCGUGUCGCAAAUGGCAGCUGCAGAGCCUUGGCCUGAGAAUGCAACCUUGUACCAACCGCUAAAGGACCAUCAGAUCCUGCUCUCAGACCAUGCCUCGUCUCUUUCUGUUCAGGCCUAUCUCCGGAUGUGUGGUCUGCCAGUUCAGGUGGUCUGCAGAUACAACGCUGAGUACAUGUCACCGUCUGGAAAAAUCCCCUUCAUCCACGUGGGGAACCAGGUGGUGUCUGAACUGGGACCGAUUGUGCAGUUCACUAAAGCCAAGGGCCACUCACUGAGCGACAGCUUGGACGACGUCCAGCGAGCCGAGAUGAAAGCGUACAUGGAGCUGGUGUACAACAUGCUGCUUACUUCUGAGCUGUUCGUCCAGUGGUGCGACGACGCCACGGCAGCCGAGAUUUCUCGGCCCAGGUACAGCAGCCCGUACUCCUGGCCUCUCGGGAACAUCCUGGCCUACCAGAAGCAGUGGGAGGUGCGCAGGAAGAUGAACGCCAUCGGCUGGGGAGGGAAGACGCUGGAGCAGGUCUAUGAAGAUGUGAACCAGUGCUGUCAGGCUCUGUCUCAGAGACUGGGCACUCAGCCAUACUUCUUCAACAAACAGGCGACGGAGCUGGACGCGCUGGUGUUCGGCCACCUCUUCACCAUCCUCACCACCAGACUCACCAGCACCGAACUGGCAGAGAGGGUCAAGAGCUACAGCAACCUGCUCUCCUUUUGCAGGCGCAUCGAGCAGAUCUACUUCGACGACAAAAAGCUUAUGAAGGACUAAACAAACACCGCUCUCUCUACCGACUUGUCUUGUACAUUCUGCGUCUUCUUCUCUCAUUCCCUGCGCCGUAGCAACUGCCACACCAAUGUCUGUGCUGCUCGCUUCUCCUCUUAGGUCCAUGCUUGUACAUUUGAAUUUUUUUUUUGAGUAUUUCCAGUUACACACUUUGAACAGCAGGGUCGGGGUUACAGCUAUGCAACAUGACCGAGUUUCAGAGGAAAGAACUACACUUGACCCCAGAGGUCAAAUGGUACGAGUUUAUUUCCCUGUUAGGCAGUUUUUGAGCUGCUGCUGUACAAAAUCACAAGAACAUACUAAUGAAGGAGCUCCAGACUGUUUUGCAUUUGUUGAUGUGAAGUGCCUACAUAAGACAUUCAGCUAAGUAGUUUUAUCUUCGUUCCCAAUAAAAGCCGAGUGUGAACCUUGAA